AUGGUGGUGAUAGUGAAGGUGGCGGUCUAUGGUCUAACCUUAUCCCUACACACCAAAUUCAUAUCAUCACCAACACCAACAUUAACAUCAACAUCAACACCAUACCAAUAUACCAAUACUAACAACAACAUCACGACAAACAACCCUUUCUCAUCGCUAACAUCCACUAAGCACUUCACAACACUCCCACAAUUGGUGAUGAGGAAAGAUGAAUUGGAUAGCGAUCGGAACAGAUCGAUUAGGCGGGGCGGGGGGAGGAAAGAAAGGAGGAGGCCGACUGCAUCUCCAACAUUGUGA